AUGACCAUCAUCACUCACGACAUCGUCCCCGAUGGCGAUCUCUCCAUCAUCCUUAAGGAGCCAAACACACAGAAAGUUCUGCCAGAUGUUUCUCUUCGUAUUUACAAUUGGCCAGACUACUUGCCAGACCAUGAUCGCCUCGAUGCCCCGUCUAUGACUUCUCCGCUUCCCUAUUUCAGAAUCAACGAUGAAGAACCUGUCGAAAUCCGCCUUCGCGUUUCUUCUGCCCAUAUGACCCUUGCUUCACCCGUCAUCAAGAAGAUGCUCCAAGGCCCAUGGACCAAGAAUGCUGAAUCUGUUUCUCCCGACUCAGCCAACUUUUCCUCCUCCUCGAGCACUUCAGUUCGUGAGAUUUCCACGAUCGGGUGGAACGCAGAUGCUCUGGUCGCUGUUCUCAACGUCAUCCAUGGCCACCACAGCGAUGUGCCACAGGAGAUCAAUCUCAGCUUCUUUGCAGACUUUGCAGUCAUCGUCGACUACUACCAAUGCGAUAGAGCCGUUCUAUGUUUUCCACUUUUGUGGCACAACUCGCUCUACAAGGUCCCCCAGGGAUUCGGGAGGAAGCCCAUCCUGUGGCUGUACAUUAGCUGGGUCUUCUCCUGGCAUGAAAGUUUCGCCGAUAUGGCAAUGUUAAUCUGGAAGCAUGGCGAGGGUCUAGAUUUUGUCAAAACCUACGAUCUUCCUAUCGCCGAGGUCUUCGAGAAUCUGGACAGCAAAAGACAGGAGGCUAUCAAGACAGUCUUAGAGGAGCUUGACAACAUGAUUAGAGAACUUCAAGAUGACCAUGUCGACGACACAGUCUGGGAUGAUUGGGGCGGUCCUGCGAUUGACCACGUACGCCGUUGCAUGACGCUGGGUUCAGCGUUACGAGAGAAACGUCGACUGGACAAACUAGACCCCCAUCUCAAAGCUCCAUAUACUGGGUACUCUUUCUCUAAGAUCAUCAGCAUGGUCCAUGAGUUUCGUUCACUGGAGUACCAUGAUGAGGUCGUAUCCGAGGAUGGAGAUGCAUGGGGUUCAAUGCCAGUACGGGAACAAAGUCCCAAUAAACGACUGAAGAAAAGAAUUGACAACAUCCUGAGUGAUAUUGAAUGGCUCAACUUGGCAAACUUCAGAGACUGA